AUGACAUCCUCCAUGAAUUCCUCGAGCGAGGAGGCAGUUCAGGAGCACGGCACCCCUGGUACGCCGCUCAAGCAGACGAAGGUAUUCACACGUGAGCUAACAUACGCAGAAAAUGUGUCGUCCCAGUGUGUUCGCUCAGGGUCCAGUGAGGGGCAAGACCGCGAUGCGGUUUGGACCUUGUCGGGCACGACAAUGAAGGCCUAUGUCGCCAUGAAAGGCCUUCCUGACAUGGAGGAUCCUUUGAUGACAUGGAUCGCCAGGCUGGAAACAGACAAGCGAGCUGACGGGGAGGUCACCAUGCUGGGUGACAUCGAGAACUCGAUCAAGGACCGCUUCGACUGGAAGGCCCGCGGCCCAGCGAUGUACGAUGACGAAGAGACGCAGCGCAAGUCUAUCUUCACCUUUGACCGCCCCAUAAUCGAGCAUUUCGGACUUGUGGAUCUGAAGCUUCCAGAGGGCAUCGACACGGCCAAGUCGGACGACCUAUACCUGAGCAGCGACUGUGCAGCAGAUGGAUGGAGGAAGUACGCAGCCAGCGAUGUCUCAGACGACGGCGAGGGUGAUCCCGCGGACGGUUGGAUCUCUCCAGAUACUUUUGCUCAGUGGUCUCAAGGCACGAAGAGAUGGGACCAGCAUAGCGACGACAAGUACAGAUCGACUUGGGAAGGACAAAAGACUUAUGGGAUCCCUGACGACCGUCAACGGCCUUGCUCUCCCAAUACCGCCCUGCCACGACAGACAAAGCGCCGCGCGACGCAGAGCCUAUACGAUGCGGAGGACGGCAAACAGUUGAGUCCCGAAUGCAGCGCUUACGCAAGGUCUGAGCCGUCCAUUCUGUGGUCACCGCCUCCUUUGAACCCUUCCAUGCCUCCGGCGUACUCUACUUACCUUUUUAACCGCAUGGAUCCCGAGCUAAUGCGCUGGGUUCGCAUGAACAACACUUCCCCCGAGCCCUCCUGGGGCGUGAGGACGCCAUCUGAGCCCGAGUACUACGGGCCCGCCGAGGUCGAAGGCGCGAUUCAGAGGAUCUGGGGCCUCGAGACCACGCAGAACAUCAUCGACAGCAAGCGCCGCGAGGUCACAAACCUGGUGCAGACCGAGGAGGAGGCGAACGCCGAGGCCGAGCGGCUGCGGCACGAGGCGAGGCGCCUCAAGCACGAGAACCGCAAGCUGGCCGACUGCGUCGCCGAGCACCGCAACAUUCGUGAUCGGCGCAUCAUGAAGCAGGUGCACGGCAACAUCCGCGAGCUCAGCUACAUCGCCAAGGCCAAGAUGGCCGAGAUCAAGGUCCGCGUGCGCGAGCGCGACGAGCUGCGGCGCGAGCUCGACGCACACCUCGAAAUUCAGAGGAGUAUGCUCGAAUUCAUGGGCAAGGACACCCCCGACGAGGUGUUUGCCAUGUACCCUGACAUCUGGGAGCCGGAGGAGAUACGGAAGAACCGACGCAACUACUCCUGA